AUGUGCCAGGAAAACAACAUCGUAGCGAUCGUGGGAGGGGCUACCAUUGACUACUCCCUACCUAGCUAUGGUCCGUCCAGCCUCCAGCUUCACUGGACAUAUAUAGCGGAUCCCUAUGUGAAACCAUACAACUGCUGUGCCAUAUGUGCACAGUCAUCUACAUGCGUUGGACAUUACUACAAUGUAGAUACGACUGCCAAUCCUGGUCCUGCAGUGACUUGCUUUACGCAUGAAGCUACAGAUGGUAUUUGCGAUCCCUCUGGGAUUCGCUAUGUCUUUCGUGCAGAUCCUAAGCGGAACACUCUAUCUCCUGAUAUGGUAGGAAAUGGAAAUUGCGGUAAAGGACAACUUGAUAAUGGGGCGAGACCAACGCUGGAUGGUAAACUGUAA